GGAUCACAGACUCUUGUUGUCAGUCACUUUCCCGGCGAACAGACGGCAGCAGCAACAGCAGCAGGCGGAGCGGAGACGGCAACCCCCCCACACUCACACAUCUACCCCACCCCUUUCAAAAAAAAAAAAAAAAAAAAAAACGGAGGCAGGAGGGGAACAAAACCUUGCGGGACACCUGUGCUGCUGGAUUCCCUCUUUUGGGGCUUUCAUGAACAUUAUUAGAAACCUAAAUUCACACCCAGUUUUUGGGUUAUGUGGACGAGCAGCGGAGAUCAGUAAAACUGGGAUGUAGACGCAGAAAAAAGCGGCCAAAUCUGCUUCGAUUGGACUGUGGCGAAGCCGUCGGCGGCACCACCAGUAGCACCAGCACCAGUAUUGGUCGGUCGGCGGAUGGAGAUGCGUUGUGAAGGCGGAGGGAUGAUGAUGAUGAUGAUGAUAUAGCAGGUUGCUGCAGGGUCGUGCCGCAUUGCCUGGCCGCCGCGAGCGACGCCGGGGAGUCGGUGAUGCUGUCGUCGUCAUUGUGCCACAGAAAGAGAGAGAAAGAGAGGAGAGGCUCUGACAUGGAGGGAAGCGGCUGUCUGUCGACUCCGAGCUCAGGCCGCCCGGAUCAGCAGGUUGGAUGUACCGCCUGAAGGCUGGAGGACCUGAUUCAUGAUAUACAUGGUGGGAAAUUCUGAUAAAGUUGAAUUCUUUGUGGUGGAACUGAUUUUUUUUCUGUGCGCAAAAAGUGAAUGGCCCAUAUGUUGAUUAUGCAUCACAGGAGCAUCAUAGCAGCUGCGUGUGUGCCAGUUCAGGGUGGAUUACGUCUACAGAGCAGCAGGCCUCCAUCUGAAGUCAGCUACUGAUCAGGAAAGCGUGAAGAAAACACUUCAGUAUACUUUCUUACCCUGUUGCUGCUCCGGGGGUAACCAUUUGUACUGGUGUUUCAUUGGAAGCUGGUGUGUUGUGAUCCCCCGUGGAGGGACAGCUGUUGCAAAAGAUGACUCACUUACAGGCUGGUUUGUCUCCAGAGACCCUGGAGAAGGCCAAGGUAGAGCUGAAAGAAAACCCUGAGACUUUACACCAGGACAUCCAGGAGGUCAGGGACAUGAUCAUCACCAGACCGGACAUCGGGUUCCUCAGGACAGACGAUGCGUUUAUCCUCAGAUUCCUCCGAGCCAGGAAAUUCAAUCACUUCGAGGCGUUCCGGCUGCUGGCACAGUAUUUUGAGUACAGACAGCAAAACCUAGACAUGUUCAAGAACUUGAAAGCAACUGACCCAGGCAUUAAGCAGGCCCUGAAGGAUGGUUUCCCUGGCGUGCUCUCCAAUCUGGACAGAUAUGGCAGGAAAAUAUUGGUCCUGUUCGCUGCCAACUGGGACCAGAGCAGAUACACGUUUGUGGACAUACUGAGGGCUAUCUUGCUGUCACUGGAAUCUAUGAUAGAAGAUCCCGAGCUGCAGGUCAACGGCUUCAUCCUCAUCAUUGACUGGAGUAACUUCACCUUCAAGCAGGCAUCCAAACUGACUCCCAGCAUGCUGCGACUGGCGAUUGAGGGACUACAGGACAGUUUUCCUGCCAGAUUUGGAGGGAUCCACUUUGUGAACCAGCCCUGGUACAUUCACGCUCUCUACACCGUCAUCCGACCCUUUCUUAAAGACAAGACAAGGAAGAGGAUUUUCAUGCAUGGUAACAACCUAAACAGCCUCCAUCAGCUCAUCCACCCAGAGAUCUUGCCAUCGGAGCUUGGUGGGAUGAUGCCACCCUACGAUAUGGGGACAUGGGCUCGAACACUGCUGGACCACGCAUAUGACGAGGAGACUGACUACUGUCCAGAGUCCUACACCCUAUCAGUACAAGACCUGGAGAGAGACCUGGAGAAAAACCUUUCCCCAAAGACCAUGAAGAGGUCUCAGUCGGUGGUGGAACCGGGAGUCCUGAAGCGACCAGACAAAGUCAAGAGCGAAGAAGACAACAUGCAGCCGCUGCUUUCGCUGGACUAAACCGUGCAGUCACAGCUCAAAAGCAUACUCAAAUCAAUAUUUACACACACAAAUACACUGACUUACUGUGCACAAGCAACACGCGCCCUGAAAAACACCUUCCUCCAGGAAAUGCUGCUGCUGCUACUGUUGGAUUCACGUUUUUUCUCCAAAUCAAUGAAAAGCAAACAGCAAGAGAUGAGAAGGACAUUUCCUCAGACUUAAGGGCAUCCUAAGAGCUACUGAUGGUGUUCUAUAUAUUUAUUUAUUUAGUUAUUUGUCAAGUGCCAAUUCCAGAAACUGUAAAUUAACGUCUUUAAACAAUCCAGUAUGGAGCAGGGAAGAGACGCUCAAGAGAGUGAGUUGUGAAAGUAUAGAGUGUUUACUGCACUUGUACAGGAUACAGAUGAUAAAGAAUGUGGAAAACUGAUCAUGAAACUUCAAAGAGGGCUUGGGGCCAGAGCUCUUGAGCUACAGUUUUUCCUUUUUUUGUACAGUAAUUUGAGGAAAAAUGCCCCAUAUGGGCAAGAAGCACGGCUCAGGAUCUGCAGCAGUGAUGGCGAUCAGCUUGUUUAACCUCCUGGACCCAAACUGGCAAACAGGCAGUGGGUUUACUGGGAGUUUACUGGGUGUUUACUGGGGGUUUGGCAUCUUUCCUGUGAAAACAAUGGCCGAACUCUUGGUUCUCACUCCAGUUAUCUCUUGGAAAAGCAAACCCCCCUUUACGGUAAGAGUUGGCUCUAUGUAUCAUUUGUUUUUUUUGUUUUGUUUUUCCUUUUAGUCAUUCUCUCGCUUGUUUCUGACCCAUAUGUCACAGAGCACAGCACUGUCUUCUGCCAUUAGGGAUAACACAAAGCUGCUGUCUCUUAUUUUUAACAUAGACUCACAUAAUUACAUAUUUGUUUGGGAGACCAAAGAUGUAUUUUCUGAAUUUCGAUGGACAAAUAAAUGAGGCAAAACUUUGUAGAAGCAGGGAAAGGCCAAGUGUAUUAUCUUCUCCUGUGACGUUGUGACACAUUUGUUGGAUGUAAUGGCAUUAACGAGCUUCUGAAAACAUAUUACCAUCAUUUUAACAAGGUAUGCAUAUUAGUAUUAUAAGAUAUUUAGAGAUUAAAGCAUCGCAUUGGUAUGUUUUUUUAGAAAUCACAUUUACGUUAUACAUUAUUGUUGACCGAUUAUUUUCUCCUGUAUACAACAAAGGCAGACUUUUUCCUUUUUUAAACGAUCCCAGGCUGCCAUUCACAGUUUUUAAAUCCAUUUGAACUUAUUAUUAGUAUUUUAUAAGGCAUUUAAAAACCAGCUAUUUGUAGUAUGACACCCUAUAAUUACCAGAUUAAUCUGAAGAAUUAAAAUGCCCACAUCACUGUUUGAUGAGAAAAUUAUUCCAUUACCACUGUCAGGUAGUGCAAAUUUUAUCCUUUUUGUGCUAAGUGCUUGGUUUGCAGCAUCUUUAAGGAGACCCUCUGAAGCAUGAGAGAGCUGUUAGAACAUCCUGACAGCACCUGAAUGCACCGAGACAUUUUCAAUGAGGUAAUUGGUUAACUUCAAUAAUUUAACAAUUCAGCUGAUAAUGACACGCAGUGAUUAAUAAUUUAUUAAAUCCUGGAUUAAAGUUAAUUGUAUUGUUAGAAUGGCUGCAGUUAUUUUCUGUACAGGGCAGUUAAAAGGCUUGUAUUAAGUCCUAUUUCAGGCUGUCACUGAAGUGGUAACAGAGACUCCACUUGACAUUUUAAAAGGAUAUUAAGGCAAACAAGUGGGCAGAUUUUGUUUGUUAAUGACUAAAGUCAAAACUAUCCCUAUAAACAGAUAUCUGUAUAAUAAUAUGCAUGAAACCAUUCCUUGUUUCCAACGGAUAAUCACAUUUGAGUUUGUAUGCAGCCAGGUAAAAAGUCAGUGAAGCAAUCAACUGUAGACUGAUGAUAAUGUCUCUAUUAUUAGAUGUCUUAUUUCAAAGAUUCAGUUCAGCAGUCUAGCUCAUAGGUUCACCAACUGUAGUCAAAGUAAUACCAGCUGUCUGCUGCAUUUGAACCCUUUAACAUCCUGAAGCUCUGUCCAGCAAAAAAAAAACCAAAUUCCCCCUUAUGAUGUUCCGCUUGUUUUACUUUUGCCUCUUUCACUUUGUUUAUUCCAUCCUUUGUGUUUUUUAGAUGGAGAAGGCUAACUAUAGAUACCAGGAAAUAACAAUAACAUAGUGCACUCAAAAUUAUGAUUUUUGAAGUGAUCCUCCUAAAAAGAAUCAGUUUAAACGCUGAUGAUGUCAUUAUUAUAUGUAUGGCACAGUCAGCGUUUACUCGAGUUCAGAGAAAAGUGUAACUUUCAAGUGCAACAUUUUAUACUAAAUUAUAAGAUUAAUUACUUUAGCAGUCAGAAAAUCGGGAACUGUCCUUUAGAAAAUAGUAUUUAAACUGAUACAGUUUGUUAAGUGUAGCCCUGAAGCAGUCUGACAUACUUAAGUUUAGGUUCUUCCACAUCAACUAUUCACCACGGGCACACGAAGUGCAAAGGUGUGACAACCAAAUGUUAAAAAGGUGGAGAGCACAUCGGGAAGGAAAUACGCGCCUCUGAUGGGCAGAGCAGCAGAGUGAGGCUGGCAAACAGACAGCCGAGCAGAUCACAGAAUAAAGGCCGGCAGGCAGGGGAGCGUGAGGUGGCCCGCUGCAACGAGAGCAGACAGCUGGAAUGUUAAACUAUCACACCAGCGCACACGACAUGUCAGCCCCGCUUACCGCAGCUCAGAGGCUCUACAGGCUGUAUCCUGUGCAAAGUCGAGUCAGACUUGUUCUUAAUGGUUCCUCCUUCGGCUCAGUGUGAUCUGUGUGCUUCCACUGAGGUUUAACAUCAAACACAGAGAGAUAAUAAUCUGGCAGUGUGAUGGCGAUACUGUGUUUUUACUGAAUAUGUGAUCAGCCUGAUCCUCUAAGAGCAGACAGUAGCUACAGAAACAGUUUGAAUAGGCUGUCAUGACACCUAGUAUUGUAUGAUUAAGUCCAUUGUAGGGUCUGAUUAAAUUUUUAUUAUUAUAAAUUCAACCUUUGCUGAAUCUACUGCUCGAACUUUGUGUUCAAGGAGUAAAUUAUUUAUUUUCAGAAAGAGGCACAUAAUAUAGAGUUCAGACCAAACUUAGAUUUCCACAAGGUGUUCAGGUGUAUGAUAUAUCUGUGCAAGAAUUUUGCCAUUUGUACAAUUACUCAUUAUGACAAAAUCCAUAAAAUAUACAAUUGGUUCAAUAUUUUUUUCAUGCAACUAAAAUGCUGUGGAGCUUAUUUGGAACCAACCCGAUUAGUCAUCAUAUGCUAAAUGCAUUCAUUAUUUUAUUAUAUAACUGACCUUGGAUCUGUUAUUAAUAAUCCACUCAUACUGCUGCCAAUACAUAGUCAUCCUAGUACGUCAAAUGUUGUCUUUUUGUCUGUGCUGUUGCACAAAUACCUAAAAGCUGCCCUCUGACGUUGGUAGCUUGACACAUCGGCUGUGGCAGAAUGAGACAUGAACAGACAGUGGUCCUGUUUUUGCAGAGCAGCAGAUAGACAGUGGUGGAGUGACUCACCCAGGAGACCGCUGUCCACAUUUUAUUUUGCUUCGUUUGCACUCACUUUUUACGUUAAUAGGCUGGUUAAGUUUAGGCAUCUCAAACUCCUUUUUUAGUCCAGUUGGCUAAGACGAUAUCUUGAUUUGUUUUUAAAUAUGCCAUUUGCAACAGUAAGCCUGGACAUGUAGGUAAUCCAUAUAAAUCUGAUGAAAAAAGGUAUUUUAGAAGCACCCAUACAUAACCACUUGGGUGUGACAGACCUGUUGUAUUAUGGCACAGGUGGCAACGAACACCGUGUGCAUAACUGUGAGACUUCAGCUGCUUUCUCAAAAUGGCAAUAUUUGAUGCCCAAGGAAGUAGAAAGGAGUAUCUCUCCUGACAUCCCAUAAAACCAACAUCAGUAUUUCCUCUUUUGUAGAUGGAGACAACUUAAAUGAGUAUAUUUUGUUGUGUGAUGUAAUUGUCUUCGUUUGUCACCAAGUAAAACUACUAAGAAAACCACAAGCAGUACAAGGCUUCUAGAAAACUGGCUGAUGUAAUUGUUUUAGCAUCAGUAUUUGGUUUAAUUAUAAUGCUGAUAUUUGUAGACAGAAAACAAGAGCUUUGAUUUGUUGAAGCAUGUUAAAGGCUUGUGCUGGACAGCGGAGAACAAACAUAUACUCUUAACUACAAGCUCUAAACCAUAGGCAAUUAUUUGACAUUAAUUCAGGAUGUUACUUGAUUUUUAAAAAUUCAUAUUUAACUGUGUUUUAAAAAAAGCACAGGGAACAGUCAGAUAUUGACCAGUGUCCACAAAGGCUGUCUUCAGGUGAUAGUCGAUAGAUUCCCAGAUUGAUUCUGAUGUCGCUGACAGCGGUAGUGCUUUUGCAGCCACAGUUCUUAGUUCAAAUGCCCCCGUGUUCUCUUUCCUGAGAAACAAACAUUGUCGUCAAUAUAUUUCUCCCAUUUUAAAUAUGAUUAUGGAAUAAAUACAGCAAAAGACAAAGGUCAUCAUCAUUUAUUUCUCAUGUAUUGCAAAAUUUGAAGGUUGACAUACCUGCUAAUUUGUCUUUUUAAGCUAUAACUGACCAAUCACUGUUCAGGGGAUGGAUUAAUGAGAAGAUCAGUUCUCUGUAAAACCCAGUUUAGUCAGCUACAACUAGGUUUUUCUGCAACUGCUGCUUGCUGGGUUUUUGUUUCUGAGAGUAAAUACAAGUCAAGUUCAAUCUAGACAUUUUUAUUAACAACAGCUAAAAAACAUUUUUAAAAUGAUCAUAAUCAUUUCUUCAACAUUGAACUCUAUUAAAAGGAAACUGCUUUUGAUACACUACAAUGAUUGCAUCAUUAAAAGUCAUUUUAAGGGAAGAAACAUAAUAUGUGUUAUUUGAACUCCUUUUGUGAAGGCAGCACUCUUUCUUUGCGGGAUUUUAGUGCCAAAGGUCCCUUUGAGUUCUCGGUGCUUAUGACUGUGACAAAAAGGGAUGAAAAUUAUAGAAGAUUGCACUGGCAUCAUUAUCUGAACCUGCACACUGUCGUAUUUCCUUCAGAAAACUCCAGAUAUGCUAUCAGCCUUAAUCACAAAAUGGCGCUGAAGCAGUAAAGAGGCAGCGCAGAAUCAGACAUGUGAGAUGAAAAGGAUUAGGUAAGCGCUGCCUACCACAACUUCUGACUGACAGCCAUGCUUCUGUGAUUACUUUAUCCAAAUUCACCUGCAGAAUAAUUGCAAAUACAAAUUUAAAAGUACAUUUCAUUCAUGUGAGAUUUAUUUGCAGUCAACCCAGGUUAAGCCUAAAUGUUUUGCAGCAAUCUUUGAAAGCAUCAAAGAUUGGGGAAAAAUGUGAUCCACUUAAAUAUCAUGCUUUGUGUUACAGACCACAAGUCACAGGGGAGGGUUACCACAUACCUGCUUGGCUGUUUAAUCAUCCUUUUAAUUCACAUUUUAAGACAGCAACUUCAUUCAUCAAUGACAUCUUUUGAUGUUUCUGAUGAGUCGUUCAGACGUUGGUUAAUAAUUAGGAUUAAUACAUAAGGCAUGGUCCAUGUACCAUUUUAUGCAGAUAACAAUAAUUCUGACAGCGGAAGGCCUCACUGUACUUUGUUGUUGCAUGUUGAUUUGUUCAGCUUGUUCAAUACAAACACACACUUUCACACAGUUAAUUACUAGCAAUGUAAUCACAUCAACUCCUGCUAUUUUUCAUCUUUAACAGGAAUAUAAUGGUGUGUAAGUGCCAGUGUAGCUAAACAAACUAAACAGUAAGUGAGAGGAUGGGGUCAAUAUUCAACUAAAUAACUCCAAGUCUCUGAGACUAAAAUGGUUAUCCUGCAAGAAACAAAUCACAAAACUAUGGAUGGUGCGCCAUUAUUAAUUCAUUUACUGGUUUAUUUUAGUCUUUCUCACAAAUUUACAGCUUUAACCUGGUUUACUUCCCUGCCUGGGUUCAUUCUUAAGUAUCGAGUUCAGCACACUUCAUCACAGCAGCAUUUCACAAAUGUGUCCUUUUCUGAUGUUUGUUGUCAGUGCUGGAAUUAGUGCACUACUAAUGAGGUAAAAGUCUAGAUUUGUUAUCAGUAUCAGUGCAGAUGUCAAAAAACAAACCUGAACUGUAUUUUCAGACCAUUCAUACUUAGAGUAUAAAUGGUCACAAUAGUUACUUGAGUAGACCAACUUCUGGCAGUCAUGAGGAUUUUUCCAAGAGCACUUUGCAAGUUUAAAAUUAUCAGUCACACUCCAAACAACAAAGUCUAAUCACCUUUUGUUCACACUACAAUAGAAAGCUGUUGUCAUCGAGUAUUUUAGUUGCUGGUUUUGUUCGCUAGAUGUUGUGGAUAUAUUUUUCACAGUUGUAAAACUCAUGCAGUAGAACAGAGCCAAUACAGUCUGAAUAAGAGAUUCAGGAGAAAAUGUAAAGAUUACUACCAUAAACGUUCACCCACACACACACACACACACACAUGGUCACUCACACAGCCACUGUAGAUGCUUCCAGUUGUUAGGAUAAAAAGUUUACAUGAACUAAACAUCUGUAUACUGCUUGAAUAUAGCUAAACUGUAUCUCACUCAGAGCGUCCUGCAGGUUCACUGAUUAUUUUUAAGGUUAAUGUUGGUAUCAGAGGUUGUUUUGUUCAGUUGUAAAUCUAAAUAGAAUGAAAUGAGACACAGUGUUUUAUUACAGAUAUACUUUAUCGGGUGAUGCUUUGUGCUUUACCACACAUGCAAGACUUUUUCUUUUCCCUUGUCAGUAUUUUAUUAAAAUUGCUAUCUAUCUUGUUUAUUACACAGAUUGUUGUAUGAAGUGUAUACAGAAAUAUGAGUUUAAGAUCUGUUCUUAUUUAAGAAAUUCAGCAUUUCGAAUGUUAUUUCUGUGUUAUUGUUAUGUCAUUCCUACUGAUUGUUGGAUCAAAGUAUUGCUGGGCACAUUCAGACACCAGCUAUAAGAGAUGUAACAGUAUAUCAGGCUUUGGGCUUUUAAAAAAAUCAUCCC